AUGGCCACACCCACUCCAGUCUUGACAGCGAGCGUUAAAAACGACACAGCUAGCCACUUACCUAGCUAAUUAGCUAGCCCGUUACGCUCCGGACUUCAUUGUCCCGCAUUAAUGAUUUAAAUUUAUCUUAAAUUUCAGCAUUUAUGUAGUUAAAUUGGUCAUUUCAAUGGCGUUCAAUGGCCACCAGUGCGAGGAUGGCAGUGUCGACGAAGACGAAACACCCUCGAAGCAGCCGCGGUCCGACAAGGAGAUGCCCGGUUAUUUCCGAAACGAGCCCAACAAUGAGGCAGCCGCGCCCGCAGGAAGAGCCGCAGCGGACCGGCGGAGCUCCAACGCGACCUCGAGGCAUCGGAAGGACUCCGUGAAGAAAACAAGGCCGCCAUUUCCCUGGUUUGGGAUGGAUAUUGGAGGCACGCUGGUGAAGCUCGUGUACUUCGAGCCCAAAGACAUCACUGCAGAAGAGGAGCAGGAGGAGGUGGAGAAUCUGAAGAGCAUCCGGCGAUACCUAACCUCCAACACCGCCUAUGGCAAAACGGGCAUCAGGGACGUGCACCUGGAGCUGCAGGACCUGACGCUGUGUGGCAGGACGGGCAACCUGCACUUCAUCCGCUUCCCCACGCACGACCUCCCGGCCUUCCUGCAGAUGGGCCGCAACAAGCACUUCUCCAGCCUCCACACCACCCUCUGCGCCACCGGUGGGGGGGCGUACAAGUUCGAGUCUGAUUUCCGCACGAUGGCAGACCUGCAGCUUCAUAAGCUGGAUGAGCUGGACUGUUUGAUCCGGGGGGUGCUCUACAUCGACUCGGUGGUAUCCAGCGGCCCCUCCGAGUGCUACUACUUUGAAAACCCCACAGACCCGGACCGCUGCAUCCAGAAGCCCUACACGCUGGAGAAUCCGUAUCCUCUGCUGUUGGUCAACAUAGGGUCCGGGGUCAGUAUCCUGGCCGUCUACUCUGAGAACAACUACAAGCGAGUCACUGGGACCAGCCUCGGCGGUGGGACCUUCCUGGGCCUGUGUUGUCUGCUGACUGGCUGCUCCACUUUCGAGGAAGCCCUAGAAAUGGCUUCUGAAGGGGAGAGCACCCGCGUGGACAAGCUGGUUCGGGACAUCUACGGAGGAAACUAUGAGAGGUUUGGACUGCCUGGCUGGGCUGUGGCCUCAAGUUUUGGCAACAUGAUGUCCAAAGAAAAGAGGGAGUCGGUGUCCAAAGAGGACCUGGCCAGGGCGACACUGGUCACCAUCACUAAUAACAUCGGCUCCAUCACCAGAAUGUGUGCUCUCAAUGAGAAUAUCGAGAGAGUUGUGUUUGUCGGAAACUUCCUAAGAGUGAACACUCUUUCCAUGAAGCUGUUGGCUUAUGCCAUGGACUACUGGUCCAAAGGUCAGCUCAAGGCCCUCUUCCUUCGCCACGAGGGUUACUUCGGUGCGGUCGGAGCCCUGUUAGAACUCCUGCAUCCGUCCUAAUCCACUAUCCGCAUCCAAAGAAAGUACCUGUCAAUCUGCUGCAAAGGCCCCUUUAGCACUUUAGACUGUUCACAAUCAAUUUCCACAGUGGCAUUUUAACCACCCACCAGGUACCGGUAAAUAUUUCUUUUGUGGUAGGCACGCAUUCGAAAGUCCUGUUGUGUUCUCAGACAACAAGUGAAGUUUGUAAAGGAGUGAGUUAAGUUAGCAGCAAAUGUGACAAAAUGAUCGCAUGGAGGAUCUUGCAGAACUGAACCCGGUUUGGUCUGAAACGUUUCUAGGACAUUCAUCAGGGUUGCCCGAAAAAUACUUUACUUAGAAAGCACCUUUCAUCAGGCAGUCUUGUACUGCUGACUGUAUUAACGGCUCAGUGGGGCAUCAGAAUCUGGGCCAAAUAUCUGGAAGUACUUUCAACUGUUUAUAUUACCUAUGACGGGUACCAGGUGGAUGAGAGUCAGUUUAAAAGCAUAAUUCUCUGUUGUCAGUUGUUAUAAUGUUAGAAAAUUGUUCAAAUCCCCAACUUUUCAAGACUUAACAGGCUCAGACUUGUUUGUCUAAAGAACCAUUUUAAACCCAAAGAUGUUUAGGUUGGGUUAAACAUUACUUAAAUUUGCUGAUUAUUAUGUUACAAACAGUUUAUUUUCCUGUUGAUUUGUCAAUAAAGUGACAAAUAGUUUGAUCUAAAUAAGAUGCUGAAACAAACCACAGCAGUUACUCUUGUAAAAGUAUAAUAUUAAAUAUACUUUGGUUGAGCAACUUCUCCUUUUCAGAGAACUCUCAUCGACCUGGUUAACUAAAACACUGCAAAUUAUUUACGACCACUUUCUAUUUGUUUUUUAAAGCCUGUGAGCAUUUAUUUAUUGUCAGUCAUUUGAUUUGAACUGAAGGUGUGAACGGCACUUUAACAGUUACCGUUUUCCUCACUGUAUGUUGUUUUCUCAUUUAAACUUACUCUUACUCACUCUUUGUUUUUGAUACCAAAAUGGAUAAAAUUUUAUCACUUACUCCUCAAUGGAAAUGUCAACCAGUUAUGCAAAAUACUGUUUGUUUUUAGAUCGUUUCUGCCUCUGUGAACAGUAAAUAUUCUACUGUUAAGCUAAUUUUCUGUAUUAAAAUCCCUAACCUUGUGAAUUUAAAGAACCCAGUUACUGUAUCAAGGAAUCUGGUCAGUCAUCUGCCCUGCUGAAGUGCCCUUUAGCCACUGUGUUCCUCUACAUGAAGGGGUUAAAAUCUGAGAUAAAUAUCUAUAAAUGUGCACAGAUGGUACAGAUUAUAACUGUUGCAUUAUAUCCUUGGAUUUACCCAGAUUCAAGAAAAAGUGAUGCACAAACUUGCAUGUGCUCCAGUGGGUGUUUUAAAUGUCUACAGAAAUGCUUUAUUUUUUAAUGUAAUUUACAUCUUUGUCAAUCUCUAGUUUUUAAGACGUGUCCAGGCUGAUGUCUCAUCCGUCCCAUUUUAAUUCCACCUGUUUGUCAGUCCACUCUUGAUUACAGGGACCAUAAUCAGUAAUAAACUACUUAAUGAGGUUUUACUCACUACAUGGACAGUGUUUCAGAUAUCAGUUACUUUAGAUUACAAAUCUGCAAAUUACACAUACAGGAAGUUUAUUUUAAAUUGAAGUGCCUGUCAUGUUUUGUAUAUGAUAUGAUAACGUGAUUUAUUUUUCUUUUAUGAGGCAAACUGGUGUGUAUUUCGUUCCCUUUGGUUUGCUCAUACAUUGCAAAGAAAACUUUGUACUUUUUUUUUUUUGUCACAUUUCUUAUUGAAUUUCCCUAUAAAAUAUGAACUUUUA